AUGGCAUCGGCGUCCAUUCUACCUGCCAUGAGCAACGGCAGCGGCCAGAGCGUGCAUCCAUUCUUUACGCGACCUACCCAGCAUACACAACCAAAAGCAGACUCAAGGGAAGCCAAUUGCAUCGAGGACGUGGACAAUGAUGAUGAUGCCGAGUAUCGGGAGCAAGGAGCAGACGAGAAACCGAAGAAAAAGACUAGUAAGAGCAAGUCCAAGAAGAAUGAGCACCAGCUGGGAAAGCAGCAGACUCAGAAGACGCUGGGCGAGAUCGUGAAUCCGAGAGCUUCUGGAUCAAGCACAGUCGUCAAUUUUACGGAUGCGCCCGAAGUGGACGAAAAGAGGAAGAAGCGUCGACGCACGAAUGAGCAUGAGUCUGUGGACGUUGGGUUGGAAGGCCAGCAAUCCCUAAGAACGGAUGGAGUCUCCUAUGUUCAUCAGGAGGAGGGCAGGGCAUCACCACGGGUGCUUAUACCGGCGUCGCCGCCUUCCCGCCUAGCACAUUCGCCAGCAGAAACUCGGCCUAGCCAGUCAGAAACUCUGGCUCCGAAGACACCGCCGAGGAAGGUGUUGAGGCUGAACGCGCAAGGCAAAUUCAGCUCACCACCUGCGAAGAAGUCCACGGAGGAGGAACCAAUACUUGGUCCGCCCAAAAGACGUGGAAGAAGCCGGAAUCCUGAUUUGAUUACUCCUAACAAACACCUCUUGGUCAAGGUCAGUUACGGGACCAAUGAUGUGGCGCGGUCUGAAGUUGGUCAAAAGAUAGAACGCAUUUUGAGCGGCGAGGAUGUUGUGGUUAAGCGUCAAGUUAUCGCGACUCCGAAAAAGCGAACACCACAAAAGCCAAAGCCGAGCAAGCCUUCUCACCCCUUCUUCAAUCGUGACGUGGGCAAGAAACAGCCGGCUGCAUCGAAACAUGUAUCGCCUAAGAAAGCUUCUGCGGUGACGCCUGGCAAGCUACGGAUGCAGUCCUUCUCUGAUCGCAUUCAGGAAGCCAGAGAGCCGUCACACAACAUUGGAUCUGCUUUGCUCCGGGACCGACUAAUGACGAGACAUCCCGGCGCAAAGGAACCACCAUUUCCGGCAAGAGACCACACUCACAUCCGGGCUCUGGACUCAGACCCAGCAAUCCCGCUCAUCGCUGAUGAUUAUCUUCAUCAAAAGUAUGGGCAACGAAAACGCAAACAGGCAAGGGUUCCGGUGCCGCCAGAAGCGUCGAUAUUGGCAAGGUUCACGAGCCAGCUCGCUGUGCCAGGGGAGAGGAGAUUGAGGCCUGAUGGAUUUCUGGACCCAGACCCCACUCUACAUGUACCAGACCGUCUUCUCAUCUCCGGCCGAGAGAUCGCGCAAAGGGUAUCUAAAGAGCUUUCAAUUGAAGUGAUAGAUGAUGAAGUGGAUGAAAUAUCCGUCGCGCGUCAUACCUUGGUCCAUCCGUCCUUGCAAAGACUAUACGACAGAAUCCCAACAACAAUGACAGCGUUCGAUGAUGUGAAAGGGGAAAAUCUAUGUUGGACCCAAAAGUACGCGCCUGCCGCCACAUUGGAUGUGCUACAACCGGGCAAUGAGAUGGCGGUCUUAAGAGACUGGCUCAAAUCGCUGGCAGUACGGUCUGUGGAGGGUUCGGUCGCAGUACCAAACAAAAGCGUCUCGUCGAAAGUGUCGGACAAGCCUAAAGGGUCGAAAAAGCGAAAAAGCAAAGCCGACGAGAUGGAAGACUUUCUCGUCGACAGCGACGAAGAUGUCACGGAGAUGAGCGAGCUGCCACUUGAUGGUGAACACGAAUCUACGUCUUCUGAUGCGCGAAAGGUCCAGAGAAGUAUUGUUCAGGUUGUGCAGAAUGGUACCAAGUUGGCCAAUGCGGUACUACUCAGCGGGCCCAGUGGCUGUGGCAAGACGGCUGCCGCGUAUGCUGUUGCGAAGGAAUUGGGGUUCAAGGUAUUCGAAAUCGGCCCAAGCGAGCGAAGGAGUGGGAAGGACGUCAUUGACAGAGUCGGUGACAUGACCGAAAAUCAUCUUGUCAAGCACCACGGAACCGAAGAGCCUGGUGAGCAGUCUUCUACCGAAGAACCUGGCAAGAAUGAUGAAGCUUUCCAAAAGGACCUUGAAAGUGGCAGGCAAGGCAAAAUGAGUUCCUUCUUCAAAUCAAAGGCCAAGCCGAAACAAGUCGAACCCAAGAACACCCUGAAGGAGAAGAAGCUUAGGGCUGUUCAAGAUGCGAUUAAGAAGCAACCGAGGGAUCAACAGCAGUCCUUGAUUUUGCUGGAGGAGGUCGACGUCCUGUUCAAGGAUGAUAAGGACUUCUGGUCGACUGUCCUGAGGCUGAUUACGACGUCAAAGAGGCCUUUCAUCAUUACCUGCAAUGAUGAGGACUUGGUUCCAGUACAAGCCAUCUCGAUGCAUGCCAUUCUACGCUUAACGCCGCCGCCUGUGGAGCUAGCAACCGAUUACAUGCUGUUGCUGGCGGCAGCCGAGGGGCAUCUUCUCAAGCGCGAAGCUGUAGCUUCUCUCUAUCAGCAACAUGGAAGUGAUCUGAGGGCCAGCAUCAGCGAGCUCAACUUCUGGUGCCAGAUGGGAAUUGGAGACCCGCGUGGUGGCCUUAGCUGGAUCUACCAGAGAUAUCCUGCUGGCUCAGAUCUUGACUCGCAUGGGCAGAGGCUUCGAACUGUCAGUGACGGGACCUACGAGCAAAGAUCAAAGGCCUCGGCGCCCUCCAAAGAUGCUGAAGAAACAUCGCUCUGGACGUGGAACGAGUUUCGCCCGCAGCGCACCACUGCGCUGAGAGUGGAUGAUUUGCUGCACAAAGCGCAUGAGUCAAUUUCUUCCACGAAUCGUCAGCAGAGCUUCGAAGCGCUGAAGCAGUUCUCCCACCUUACGGAGACCAUGAGCGCGGCCGAUGCGAUAACCGCCAAUGGCAUUCCAGGAUCUGCAGCACUUGAUCCGACGCAGCCAGAACUACCGGAAAAGGCUCGGGCCAACUACAUUGAAGGCAUGGCACUAAUGCAGACGGACGAAUGCGUAGACUAUAUGAACUUCGCUAAGCACCUCUACACUGCUAUGACGCUCUUGGCACACCGCAACUACGAUGGCUCGGAAGCGCUAGGUAGUGAUUCAAGAGUUGCACAUGACGGCGGCCUGAGCCGGCAUGCUUUCGCUUGUUUUGAUGCCAUAGCUGUGCCGAAGGAGCUCUCUGCCACUGGAUCUGGACUUGUUCAGUCUGUGUUCGACGGUCCGCUGGAAACUAUCACCUUGGACCUGGCCCCAUAUGUCCGCGCGAUCGUCUACAGCGACCAGGCACGAGAGCAAAUGCGAGAUCGCCUCAACCUCUUGACAUCAGACGGUCGUAGAGCCAAGCGUGCCCGCACGACCCGCGCUGCCAGGAGUGCUUUAGAAGGUGGACAGCGCGCAACGACUAGGAGGGAGAAGUGGUUCCCGAAUGACCUGCAUGUGGAUUCUGUGCUUGCGACUGGUGGGAAAGAUUGGCCCCGAUUCUCGAACGGUAUGGACAUCGCCUCCACCGAAGGAUCCACGAGCGGACAUGCAGCGAAAUUGAUUGAACCUAUCUCUAGCGCGGAGGACGAGACCCAGUAUAGAUGA